AACGAGGCCCCAUCCUUCUUUCCUUUGUCUGUACUUGUUUUAUAGUAGUGCAGGCACAGGGAGAAGAGACAAGUGAACAGAGAGAGGAAAGGCAGAGGAGAGAGGGAGAGAUGGCGGCCACAGCGUCCCUGAAGAGCAGCCUCCUCCUGCCCUCCCCUGUCCAUCUCAACCGAGAAGAGGAGGACGUCAUGGCAGCCGAGGGGGGCGAUGAUGCAGGUGUCGGCAGCCGCAGACUCCAAGAACAUUCUUGUCAUAGGGGUACAAGGUUCAUCGGUGUCUUCCUGUGCAGGCUUCUUGUCAAGGAGGGGCACCAAGUCAGUAGUGCCUAUGCUCAGGGAUGGUCACAUUGUUCACUAGAGGAAAGGCGCCGGUCACCCAGCAGCUGCCGGGAGAGUCCGAUGCAGAGACGCGAGGCUGUCGAGGUUGAGCCUAGAAUAGACGCCUUGCCCAACCUGGAACAGUACAUCUAUUUCUCAUCAGCAGGAGUAUACCUGAAAUCAGACCUUCUCCCACACCGUGAGAUCGAUGCUGUUGACCCGAAGAGCCGGCACAAGGGGAAGCUGGAGACAGAGAGCCCGCUGACCUCGCGCGGCCUGAACUGGACGCCCAUCAGGCCGGUGUACAUCUAUGGCCCGCUCAACUACAACCCGGUCGAGGAAUGGUUCUUCCAUCGGCUCAAGGCCAGCCGCCCCAUCCCCAUCCCCGGCGCCAGCAACCAGAUCACCCAACUCGGCCAUGUCAAGGUCUGAUGUUGCAACCAUCCGAAGCUUGUGCUUGUUUCCUGUCCAGGAUCUGGCAACGGCCUUCACCCUGGCCCUCGGCAACCCGAAUGCGAGCCAGCAGAUCUUCAACAUCUCCGGGGCCAAGUACGUCACCUUCGACGGCCUUGCAUGAGCAUGCGCAAAGGUUGGAAGGUUCCCUGAGCCGGAGCUUGUCCACUACAACAAAUUUAACUCUCUGUCUGAACGUCUGAUAUAUCUAAAGAUCGUUGCUUCUUCGGUGGCUAAUGUUACUGACUCUGAGUCACGCAAUGUCCCCUGCAAUGGCAGCAUUUUUUUCGCGUCGAUCGAGAAGGCGACCAGGGAGCUCGGGUGGACGCCGGAGUUCGACCACGUGGAUGGGCUCACCGACCCGUACAACCUCGACUUCGGCCGCGGAACGUUCCGGAAGGAGGCUGACUUCAGCACGGACGACAUGAUGCUCGGCAAGAAGCUCGCCACCGUGUGAUCUUGUCCUAUGCUGUCGGAUGGCUGGUUGGCUGUGUGUCGUGCAGCCUCCAGCUGCUAGGGAUACAAUUUGCUGGCUGUGGAUGUGCAAAAUACAUGAAAAUGAUGUCAAUUUUGGCGUCAA